AAUCCCUCAAACUGUUUACAGUAGACAUAUAUGUUUAUUUUUAUUGGUACCUCUAUUACUUUUCAGCGCAUUAUUUUCGUAUUUCUUGUCAUCCUCAUAUCAUCAAGCCAAAGCAUACCUCUAUUUCCUUGUAUACUACACCCUUAUCCACAAAGUAUGCUCUAUGUGUCGUAUUCAUUUGCCCUCUCGUGUUAUGCUUCUCAUGUUAUACUUCAUCUCGUAUUCACCUUCUACUUUCUUUUCGUGGAUUUGCUGUAUUUUGA